CUCACCCCCUUAAUGACCCAGUCCAGUGCCACCAGUCCUUCCAGUCCUUCCAGCACAGCCUGCACACCAGGAACAGGAAACUUCUACAGCUGACACGUGGAAAUAAAAAAAAAAAAGUUUAUCUGUGAUGUAAAAAGGCAGCCCCUCCCCCACCCUGCUUAGAGGAAACUCUCAGAGCUGCAGCAGAAGUUGGAGUUGGUUGGGUGGGGGUCAGUGAAGAAGUUGGAGUUGAUGAUGAUCUGUAGGGGGGUGUUGCUGUGAAAAUGCCUCUCUGGGCUAGUGUGGGGUAACCCCCCUCCUUGUCCUUCUGGAUGGCCACCAAAGGGGGCAAGCAUGUUUACAACAAGAGUGACGUGGACCUCCUCCUGUCACAGAAGGAUGAGUCGCAGAGCCCCCCCAGGAGCCCCCAGCAUGGAGACCGAGCCAAGAAGCCCAGUGGGGACCUUCACUGGUCAGAGUGGGAGACUCGGCUGUGGAUGUUCACCCUCCUGGCGGGGACGUGCUUCCUGUACUGCGCUCGCUCCAGUUUGCCCAUCUGCGCGGUGUCGAUGAGCGAGCAGUUUGGAUGGAACAAGAAGCAGACCGGAUUGGCUUUGAGCAGCUUCUUCUGGGGCUACUGCCUGACGCAGAUCGCCGGAGGUCACCUGAGCGACAAAGUCGGCGGGGAAAGAGUCCUCCUGGUGUCCGCUCUGCUAUGGGGGCUCAUCACAAUUGUUACCCCUCUGGCCGCCCGCGCCACCACAGCGUCCCUCUACCUGGUCAGUUUUCUGCGCUUCCUUAUGGGACUGUUACAAGGAGUUCACUUUCCGUCUCUAAGCAGCGUGUUCGCUGUGCGAGUCCGUGACAAGGAACGUGGAUUCUUCUGCAGCUUUGUUGGCUGUGGCUCCCAGUGCGGGACACUGCUGAUUGGAGGAGCUGGUUCUCUUCUUCAGGAUUGGUACGGCUGGGAUUAUGUCUUUUAUUUUGCUGGAUUCCUUGCCCUUGUCUGGGGCUACUGCCUGGGCACCUACAUGCAAAAGCAGAGAAUGUUUUCUGACCUGGGAAGAGGUUUUGCUACGUCGGGCAAGACCAACAUGCCCUGGAGACUCCUCUUAAAGAAGGCUCCCGUCUGGGCUGUGAUCAUCGGCCAGGUCAGCGUAGCCAGCAGCGCCUUCACCCUCUUCUCCUGGGUGCCAAUCUUCUUCAAGAACCGCUUCCCCGAUUCCAAGGGCUUGGUAUUCAAUGUAGUGCCUUGGCUUACCGCCAUUCCAGCCGCUAUAUUGAGCGGCCACCUAUCGGACCACCUCAUUAAAACAGGAUAUAAACCGGUCUUCGUACGGAAGCUCAUGCAGGUCAUAGGAAUGGGGAUCUCCAGCAUCUUCCUCCUCCUUCUAGGGCAGUCUGAAAGCUUCUGCCAAGCCCUGGUCUUUAUCUCGGCGGCGGUGGCCCUGCAGACCUUUAACCACAGCGGCCUAACCAUCAACAUUCAGGAACUUGCUCCAUCCUGUUCUGGAUUCCUUUUUGGAGUGGCCAACACCGGCGGGUCUGUGUUUGGAAUCCUUUGGGUCUACCUCUCUGGCUACCUCCUCGACAUCACUGGAUCUUGGGAUUCCAUGUUUCACCUACUGGUUGCUGUGAAUGUGUUGGGUCUACUCGUUUAUUUGGUGUUUGCCAAAGCUGAGAGGAUUGACAUCGAGAACGUUCCUCCUGUCCUCAAGAUCUAGAACCCGAGGAACCGUCCGCUUAACCCGAGCGUGGCCAGUACUUUGGGGGAAAUUUCAGGGUGAGACCCUCCAAGGUCUUCUGAUGCAACCCAAAGAUGAUGCUUUAGAGAUUUAAAGAAGGAUUACACUUUGCCGAAGACCUGAGCCGGACCCAAUCAUUGUAAAUGUGUCUUCGGGGAUCGUCAGAUUGAAGAUGGUCAAUGCGUCGAAAAAGACAUCGGACAAGAUUUGGCGAUGAAUGAUGCCUCCAGAGGAGGUCUUAAAUUUGAACCUUGUAGCAGGGGUCACCUUAGAGCAGCCAUUUUGAAAAAGGGUUCCAUGGAUUGUCUAGUUCCUCCAGAGGUGGCUCGGAGUUCCUUGAGUUUUGCCCAAUGGACCUUCCAUCUGAUGGGCCCUUCUUACAACCCCAAUUCCAAAAAAGUUGUGACGCUGUGUAAAAUCGACAUUCAAACCGAAUGCCAAUGAUUUGCAUCUCUCAUAAACCCAUAUUUUAUUCACAACAUAAAACACAAAUUACCCCAAAAUGAAAUGCUCCGCUUAUGUGCCACACCCCCAAACCCCCCUCUGCUGCCACAUUUGGCACCUUUUGGGGGAGAAGGGGGUACGUUUUUAAAACGAGAUGAAGGCCGCAGUGAAGUGAGACAGAAGUUUGGAUGGCAGAAGGGGGGUCUGCAAUUUUAAAGCGUGACAUGUUGGGUAUCUAUUUAGUCGGCAUAACAUCAUCUUCCCAUUAUACCAAAAAACGG